AUGGCGAAUAGUCCGCCCGAGAAGAUCAUAGUACAAGCAGCAUCGCAUCACAGGUUGCUAGACUGCUUUGGAAAUAUCUGUGACGCCAAAGAUGUCAGCAAGAGAGAUUAUCAACUUAUGCUUGAGGGCAGAGUGGUGAUUUACUUCGAGAAGAGAACUGGUAACAUAGGUUGUUGCAGUAUCUUUCUUGAAACUUCGGUCGGCAAAGUUCUUGGACUUGCGCCGCGCUAUGACCCAUACAUCUUCGCGAUCAUCCCAGACCCGUCCGUAGAAGAUCAAAGUCCUUCGGAAGCGGUCGACGGCACGACGUCUAUUCAAUCCCAUCGCGUGCUCGCUGCUUCCAAGAGAGGCCAUCAUGUCGGCUUCGUGGACGACAAUGACAUUGGGGUGGCCACAACUCCGGACUUAUCAUUCGAGCAGGAAAUCUUGCACGCUCCUCAAGGCGACGAAAAGACGUUGGCCGAGCUGCAUCACUUCCUGUCACCAAGUGACAUGCCUGAAGUCUGGACGACCGCUACUAUCCAUUUCCACGUUCGCCAGCAGAGCGCCGCCGACAGCAUGGUAAUGCGAGUCUCCAAACUGAGGCCACUGCCGAUGGUGCUCGAGCAGAUCUGCGGUCGGCAGGGCGUCAGCCCGUGGGGAUACAAGAUGCUUGUUGGCGAUAAGGUAGUUCAUAAGGGCAAAGAUAUGCUCCUGAAUUUCAGCAAAGGUCUUGAAUGCCGAGGCGUCGUUGAAGAUCUACCUAUAUGCAGCGAUGAUGGGUUCUUGACUAUCCAAAUCGUACCCUUCUCGUACAAUGUGGAAUCCGACAAGUACCAGGUAGAAUCGAAAGGCCCCAGAAUCUUGCCACAGGACAGUGAACACCUCGAUGAAGCAACGCAUGGACAUGAUACUCCGUCCACUACGUCCCAAAAUCGGUCCGAACCUUAUGAGACUAGAGAGAUCCGUUGUACCUUGCAGAGGGACCAUCAAGAACUGGUCAUCGCUACGUCUAUCGCGGUCGCAGCCAACACGAUGAUAUCGGACCUGCUGGAGCAUCACAAAUUCGCAGUCUCUAAGGGCCGAGUCUGGAUAGACAAUAAGCUGGUGGAUAAAGAUGGUACACUGAAUGAGCUUGGCGUCGACCACGGAUCUGUGAUCAGAUACGAAGUUCUCUCCAGCAUCUGCCUUCCGUGGUCAAACCUCGACUUCAACAUAUGCAAUUCUGGCUGUCGGUUUAUUCGUGAUACGGAACAACUUGUGCAUGCCCGUGGGGACACCAAACUCCAGCAGCUAUUACUGGCGUGGUCGAAACACAACAAGGUCUUCAUUGCGGACUAUGUCCUUCGACUUGAUGGCAAUGAGCUUUACACCGGCUGGCAUCAAGAGAGCUUCGGGAACGGAGCGCAACCUGAAUCCACCCUGGCAGAGAUCGGCUUUACGCCUCAAUCGAACAUCAGGAUGGAGAUGUGUUAA